CUCUUGCCUUCACUCGUCUUCCCAGCACCAGCGUGGGCAUCAUGUCCUUCAGUCCCACCAUCAUGCCACCUGCCAAUGGCUCUGCCAACGGGACUGCCAGCGGGGCUGAGCCUGGGAAGCCCCCCACCAUCCCCACCGUCAUGUUCAUCUUUGGCGUGGUGGGCAACCUCAUAGCCAUCGUGGUGCUCUGCAAGUCCAGGAAGGAGCAGAAGGAGACCACUUUCUACACGCUGGUCUGCGGGCUAGCAGUCACUGAUCUCUUGGGGACCUGCCUGGUGAGUCCGGUCACUAUCGCCACUUACCUGCAGAACCAGUGGCCAGGAGGAGAGGCGCUGUGUGAGUACAGCUCCUUCAUCCUCCUCUUCUUUGGACUGUCUGGCCUCAGCAUUAUCUGUGCCAUGUCUAUAGAGAGGUACCUGGCCAUCAACCAUGCCUACUUCUACAACCAUUAUGUAGACAAGAAGCUGGCAGGGCUCACACUCUUUGCCAUCUACGCUUCCAACGUGCUGUUCUGUGCCCUCCCCAGCAUGGGGCUCGGCAAAUCUACCCUGCAGUACCCUUACACUUGGUGUUUCAUAGACUGGCGAACAAAGGAGGCCACCCAUGCAGCAUAUUCCUAUAUGUAUGCUGGCUUCAGCUCCUUCCUGAUCAUGGUCACUGUGAUCUGCAACAUCCUGGUGUGCGUGGCCCUCAUUCGCAUGCACCGCCAGUUCAUGCGGCGCACGUCCUUGGGGACAGACACGACCUCCAGCCGCUUAUCAGACUUUCGCAGGCGCCGGAGCUUCCGUCGGAUGGCUGGAGCAGAGAUCCAGAUGGUUAUUCUGCUCAUUGCCACUUCCCUGGUAGUGGUCAUCUGCUCCAUUCCUCUAGUGGUGAGUAACGUUGUACAACCCUUCUUCUUUUCCAUCACCCGCACUGCUGAGUCUCUUCUCCUGCGCUUGUAG